AUGCCAGCUGUCGGUAUUGAUUUAGGAACUACAUACUCAUGUGUGGCACAUUUCGCCAAUGAUCGUGUUGAGAUCAUUGCAAAUGACCAGGGUAACAGAACUACCCCAUCAUUCGUCGCUUUCACUGACACCGAGAGACUGAUUGGUGACGCUGCUAAGAACCAAGCUGCUAUGAACCCAGCCAACACCGUUUUCGACGCCAAGCGUUUGAUCGGUAGAAAGUUCUCAGAUGCUGAGACCCAAGCUGAUAUCAAGCACUUCCCAUUCAAGGUCGUUGACAAGGGUGGAAAGCCAAACAUUCAAGUUGAAUUCAAAGGUGAGACUAAGGUCUUCACUCCAGAAGAGAUCUCUUCCAUGGUUUUGACCAAGAUGAAGGACACUGCUGAGCAAUUCCUUGGUGACAAGGUUAACGAUGCCGUUGUCACUGUCCCAGCUUACUUCAACGACUCUCAGAGACAGGCCACUAAGGAUGCUGGUCUCAUUGCCGGUUUGAACGUUAUGAGAAUCAUCAACGAGCCAACCGCUGCUGCCAUUGCCUACGGUUUGGACAAAAAAGCUGAGGGUGAGAAGAACGUUCUGAUCUUCGACUUGGGUGGAGGAACUUUCGAUGUUUCUUUGCUGUCCAUUGAAGACGGUAUUUUCGAGGUCAAGGCUACUGCUGGUGACACUCACUUAGGUGGUGAGGACUUUGACAACAGAUUGGUCAACCACUUCAUCGCUGAAUUCAAGAGAAAGAACAAGAAGGACUUGUCUUCAAACCAAAGAGCUUUGAGAAGAUUGAGAACCGCCUGUGAGCGUGCUAAGAGAACUUUGUCUUCUUCUGCUCAAACUUCCAUCGAGAUCGACUCUUUGUUUGAAGGUGUUGACUUUUACACUUCUUUGACCAGAGCCAGAUUCGAGGAACUGUGUGGUGAUCUAUUCAGAUCUACCAUUGAGCCUGUGGAGAAGGUUUUGAAGGACGCUAAGUUGGACAAGUCCCAAGUCAACGAGAUUGUCUUGGUUGGUGGUUCCACCAGAAUUCCAAAGGUCCAAAAGUUGGUGUCUGACUUCUUCAACGGUAAGGAACCAAACAGAUCUAUCAACCCAGAUGAGGCUGUUGCCUACGGUGCCGCUGUGCAAGCUGCUAUUCUUUCCGGUGACACUUCCUCCAAGACCCAAGAUUUGUUGCUGUUGGACGUUGCUCCUCUGUCCCUGGGUAUUGAGACUGCUGGUGGUAUCAUGACCAAGCUGAUCCCAAGAAACUCUACCAUCCCAACCAAGAAGUCCGAGACUUUCUCCACUUACGCUGACAACCAACCAGGUGUGUUGAUUCAGGUAUACGAGGGUGAGAGAGCCAAGACUGCCGACAACAACUUAUUGGGUAAGUUCGAGCUGUCUGGUAUUCCUCCAGCUCCAAGAGGUGUUCCUCAGAUCGAGGUCACUUUCGACAUGGAUGCCAAUGGUAUCUUGAACGUCUCUGCCGUUGAGAAGGGUACCGGUAAGGCUCAACAGAUCACUAUCACCAACGACAAGGGUAGAUUGUCCAAGGAAGACAUUGAGGCCAUGAUCUCUGAGGCUGAGAAGUACAAGGAUGAAGAUGAGAAGGAGGCUGCCAGAAUCCAAGCUAGAAACGCUCUGGAGUCUUACUCAUUCUCUCUGAAGAACACCUUGAACGAGAAGGAAGUCGGUGAGAAAUUGGAUGCUGCCGACAAGGAGUCUUUGACCAAGGCUAUUGACGAGACUACCUCAUGGAUCGACGAGAACCAAACUGCUACCACCGAAGAGUUCGAGGCUAAGCAAAAGGAAUUGGAGGGUGUUGCUAACCCAAUCAUGACUAAGUUCUACCAGGCCAACGGAGGUGCCCCAGGUGGUGCUGCUCCAGGUGGCUUCCCAGGUGCUGCCGGUGCUGGUGCCGAGGCCCCAGGUGCUGACGGACCAACUGUUGAGGAAGUCGAUUAG